AUGUGUGUUGCCAACAAAGAACUACUGCAAAAGUCCAAGCAGGCUUCUGAUGCAUCGGAAGAGUUCUUUUCCGUGUCCACUAUCGCUGUAAAUCCGGACAGAAUUGAUGAGGCGUAUGCGUGUUUGACCGAAGUUGCCGAGGCCACUUUGAAGGAAGACGGCGCCAAGAUAUACAGGUUCUACAAAACUGAAGGCAAAGACGAGUUUGUCUGCAUGGAAAAGUAA